UGCCACUUUGUCAGUGUCCAUCAGUGCCAGCUGUCAGUGCUCAUCAGUGCCAGUGCCACAUCAAUGCCACAUAUCAGUGCCUACCAGUGGACAUCAAUGCCACAUAUCAGUGCCCAUCUGAGCUGCCUUUCAGUGUCACCCAUCAGUGCUAGUCAUCAGUGUCGCCUGUCAGUGCCAGACAGUGCCACCUAUCAGUGCCAUAUAUGAGUGCUGCCUUUCAGUGCCCAUCAGUGAUGCCUGUCAAUGCCCAUCAGUGCCACCUACCAGUGCCUCCUCAUCAGUGCCACCUAUCAGUGUCCAUCAGUGCAGCCUAUCAGUGCCCAUCACUGCAGCCUCAUUAG